UGUGCUAGCAAGAUGGAUUGACAGAGGAUAAAAACACACACAUGAUGGAGGCAAAUGUCAUUCAGUCACUCGCUUGAUCUUGCUGGAGAAGCACACGAGAGCUGUUCCUAGUCUGACAUUGUUUCCCCUGAUCAUCAGUCAAGGGAGCAUUUACUGCAUUUGACAAUUUUUUUGUCCAACAAACAUGGAGUCGACUGCUAAACUGUUCAUGUUCCUGAUGAUCAUCAUGUUCUGCAUUGGGGCUGUGAUCACCAGGAGCAUCCAUCCCUCCCAUCGUCACAGUCAUCACCAUGACAGGGCGAGGGGUCACAGACACUUCAGGACGAGGCAUUCUGGUCAUCCAGGUGGACUUGGGGACCUGGACCAGGAGAUUCUGAACAUGCACGACAGUGUCGAUGGUCUCGAUGGUCAUCCCAUUGUCAAGAGACACAACGAGGACUUCGAUGCUGACAUAAAGAACCUGCAGAACUGUUCGGUCUGCACUUACAGUGUCACUCCAGUACCCAAGUCUGAUGUCUAUGAUGUGCCGGAGGAUCUGGUGGAGGUGACCUGCAGUGAGGAGAGCAUUGGUGAGUCCUGCUCGGAGGUGGGUGUCAACUACGUCUGCAUGCAGGCCUUCAGUUAUGUCAAGUUUGGGGUGAAAGGGAAUCCCGGGGAGUUUAAGAAGAAGAAGAUCAAUACUGGAUGUGUCUGUGCCCUGAUGGAGAUCGAAUCCCUGAAGUCGAAGAAACCGGAGGACCUGCAGGCGUGAGGGGAUCCAGGGAAUGGGGAAAUCAGAACUGAUCACUGCCACCACCGAUGUACAUAUUGGACGACUUUUUGCAGAAUUAUUUAUUGUGAUUUUUUUAAUUAGCAGUUGGUGUUCGUGGGGACUGUUUAUUUAUUUAAGACGUGUGGGGAUGUCUUUGGAACCGGAUUAUCGCAAUGGUUUGUUUAUUGGAUUAUACUAUGGACUGGUUAGAGUGAGGGAAAAAUUUUUCAGUGAAAAAUAUUUUUCGAAAGUAUUUUUUAUUUUGAUUUUUGAUUGAAAGCGGAUUUUUUAAGGGGAGAUAUUGCUAUUGAUAUUUUUAGGACAACGAGUUUAGCGAUCAUGAUUAUUCUAUUUAUUAUUCAUCAUUAUUUAUUUCAUAAUUCACGAUUAUUUAUUUGUGUUAUUUAUUUCAUUUAGCAUUGUGUAGAAUUUUAUUUAUUUAUCGAGGGAAACGUUGAUAAGGCUUCUGUUGAAACUCGAAAUGAUCUCAAAAAAAUAAUACAUUUUUUAUGAUGCAAGUACGUCUCUGUCCUUUCACCCCCUCAUAAUUAACUUUGUAUUACUAUUUUUAUUCAGUAUCGAAAACUCCCGAUAAGUGAGAGGUCGAGAGGGACAAUGCAUUCUCAUCAAAUAGAGAAGGCCCAGGGGUUCGCCAGCGUUGGGCGUAGGGAUGCGUUCGUCCGUGAACAGUCUGAUA